ACUUGGACACAGCAUAUGCCCGCACUUAAGUGGAUCUAUUUCACACCUGCAUGGGGACAGAGUAAAGAUUUGUUUAUUUAUUUUCUGGGAAUUAACUGGUGAGUAGGCUAUUCGAGUUGUGCGGAAAAUAUAUGUCUUGGCAUCUAAAUGGAAUUUAUUUUGUCGAAGAAUGUAAUCCCUUGCGGAAAUACAGGUGGAAUGAAUUUGGACAGAAUCGCAGAGACCGUGAGACCCCCACCGACACGCGACAUGACCUCUACGUUUCACUUGCCGAGAACUGCAAACAACACUCGAGAAACGUUGGAGAACUCAAGCAGCGAGUCAUCAGAUACUGAAAUAACAGAAAAGGAGAGGAGUGUAGAACACAGAAGUGACGAUGGAAACGCCGAUGACCCCAAAAAGAAGAAAGCGAGGCGGCAGAGGACUCAUUUCACCAGCCAGCAGCUGCAGGAGCUCGAGGCCACCUUUCAGCGGAACCGCUACCCCGACAUGAGCACGAGAGAGGAAAUAGCUGUGUGGACCAACCUCACCGAGGCCAGAGUCAGGGUGUGGUUCAAAAAUCGCAGGGCCAAAUGGAGGAAGCGUGAACGCAACCAGCAAAUGGACCUGUGCAAGAACAGCUACCUGCCCCAGUUCAGUGGCCUCAUGCAGCCCUAUGACGACAUGUAUCCCACCUACACCUACAACAACUGGACGAACAAAGGACUGACCCCGGCUAAUCUGUCCACAAAGAACUUCACUUUUUUCAACUCAAUGAGCCCACUCACAUCCCAGUCAAUGUUCUCAGCUCCUAACUCCAUCUCCUCUAUGACUAUGGCCGGAAGUAUGGGGGGGCACUCGGCUGUACCGGGGAUGCCAACUGCGGGCCUGAACAACAUCAGCAAUUUUAACGGCAUCGGCACCGCUACAAUCAACUCAGCCAUGUCCUCGUCGUCCUGUCCGUAUGGGCCUCCUGGUUCCCCUUACAGCGUAUACAGAGACACAUGUAACUCUAGCCUGGCGACCCUGAGACUGAAAUCGAAACAGCACCCAACCUUUGGAUACAGCGGGUUGCAAGGUCCCGGGUCUAGCCUUAACGCCUGCCAAUACAACAGCUGAUGUAUCAGCCGUGAUGAAAAUAAUUUGCGGGCAGCUCUAAACCUAGUAGCCUAGCCUACCUGCGAAUGGAGCGAAAGACAACUAAAAUGGAUUAGUUGCAAUCAUUUAUUUUUCAAAUGAAUUAUGCGGGUUGUAGCCUAUGUGUUUACCAAUGAACUUGUAGGCUACAACAAUUUAAAUGUCCAUGUUUUUUGGAUUUAAAAGUGAUGAUGAAGAUGUGUUACAUUGCAACGUUGUACAUUAGCCUACAUAAGAAACAGACAAAGGAUCUCCUAUGCAUGUUCGCUUACUUGCUUUGAGGGCUCAAACCCAUUUGAACUGACUUGUAUUUGUCUAAGCCAGCGUUUCCCAAACUCGGUCCUGGGGACCCCAAGGAGUGCACGUUUUGUUUUUUGCCCUAGCACUACACAGCUGAUUCAAAUAUUCAACCAAAACCCCCGUGGGGUCCCCAGGACCAAGUUUGGGAAAUGCUGGCCUAGGCCCUGUACUCUUGGUCUUGGAUUAGAAACAGUUUGGUAAACUUGGAUUAGAAACCAAGAAGUGCAACACAUAUAACUAGACAUAUCCGGACUCUGUAGAAGAACAAUUGUAUUGUACAUAGCUCAGACUUUUAUGUUGUUCAUGUGUUUUACCGUUUAUGCAGGGGGUGCCACUGGCCCACCCAAUUGUGUCCUGUUUCUGUAGCAUGACUUUACCUUUAAAUGCUCUGUCUGGAGUAUUUUCGUUUUAUUUGUUUGCUCAAAAUAGAAUUUCUGCAUUUUUAACUUGGGUGCAAAGUGUUUUGUACGAGUUGAUAGUAAUGUAAGAUAAAGCAAAAUCCAUUAUACUGUAUUCAAAAGGUGAUUGAAAAGUAACUUCAUGUGUUUAUGGUAAUAUGUUUGAAUAAACUACAGCAGAAAGAAGUGCAUUUCAGAUAUUAAAACGACGGAAAAGGUAUACAUGACAAAACAUAAUAUGUUCCAAGUUUAUGGAAUAAA